CCCUCAUUAGCAUUGAUGACGUCGUCAGUCAAUAAAAAGGGAACUCCGAGCCCGCUUUCUCUUAUUCUGUGUCUGAGAGUGAGCGGCGCUAUGGCUGAUGAGAAGAAAGCACAGCAAGCCUCCAAGAAGGGCGCGAAGAAAAUCAUCAAGAAGGCGCCAGCGAAGGGCGGUAAGAAGAGGAAAAGGACCAGGAAAGAAAGUUACGCCAUCUACAUCUACAAAGUGAUGAAGCAGGUUCACCCCGACACCGGCAUCUCCUCCAAAGCCAUGAGCAUCAUGAACUCGUUCGUCAACGAUAUUUUCGAGCGCAUCGCGGGGGAGGCUUCCCGCCUGGCCCAUUACAACAAGCGCAGCACCAUCAGCUCCCGGGAGAUCCAGACCGCCGUGCGGCUGCUGCUGCCCGGGGAGCUGGCCAAACACGCCGUGUCGGAGGUUACAAAGGCGGUGACCAAGUACACCAGCUCCAAGUGAGGGACCGCAUUGUACUGAGACAAACACAUCCACAACCCAAAGGCUUUUAAGAGCCACCUGCAACUUCCCAGUGAGAGCUGAAUCCUUUUUUUAAGAUUGGUUAGUUUUAGUUUACAUAUGAUUCUUCACAAGAUAAUUUUAUUUCGAGUGCUAUAUUUGUUUACAUAAAAGCUUUGCAAACUAAUGAGAUAUGGCGGGGGGAAGAUAGCAGAAACAGCCUCUUCUCUGUCUGUAGAGAGUGGGCCGAUUAAACGUCAGUGAGUUUUUUUUUUAUCUUGUUUAUUUAACGUUGCUAAAAGCCCUGGUAGAAUGUCAAUACUUAUUUUCACACCUUGCAAACAACCACCUAAUGAAGGAGUAGCGCUCCGAAAGCUAGUGCUUCCAAAUCAGCCUGUUGGACUAUAACCUGGUGUUAUGUGAUUUUUAACUUGGCAAACAAUACAUACUUGUCCAUAUCUUUCAUCGCAUGCAUUUUACCAUCUGAUUUUUAAAAAAUAUUUGCAAUGCGCGGGUAUAAUCUGAUUUUUCAAAAUACAAAAUCUUUCUGCUGUCGGUGAGAGGUUUUC